AUGGAGAGAAACAACCGUGGCCGAAAAGUUAAGAGGCAAAUGGGUUGGGGUCUGGAGUCUGCAGAGCUGUCCAGAAGAGUAGUAGUUCGUGAGGGUGAGAAAAAGGGAAAGAUAGGUAGGAUCAGGCGAACAGCGAACAGGCGAAUGAAGAGGCAGCAGCCCAAAUGCCACCUUGACGCGAAUGGCGCGAAGAGACUUGGUUCCAAUGAAGGCCAUAAACUACAGACUCUACUAGUAGUACUCAGCCAUCCUGGACCAUGGAUUGCAGAUGCCAACCAUGUGGCAGCGAGGGGACAGGCCAGUCAUACCAGCCAGAGCAAAGUUGCUACCAAGGAUGCUGCUGAUGGGACGAUGCUUUUCCUUCCUCAACCUUGGGGUCAACGUCUCCUUCCUGGCAUCCAAUCAGGUCCAGGACGACCCCUAAGUGGAGGUAAGUAG